UGGCUGAAAGCUGAACAGGGAUAAAGAACUAGUAAAUGAUAUCAGCAGGGUUUUUGGAUAAAUGUUUGUUUAAAGAUAAGCAAAAUUAUUUGCAAAAAAGAAUUAAGUAUUUGCAAAAAAGUAGCUAUAAUUUUUAGUCAUAGAACUCGCUUAUAUAUGCACCCUCGUAGCCUGCGUUGUCAGUUUGGCACCAAUCUGGGAGAAGCUGUAAUGCGAAAUGCGAGACAUAGCAAUGCGCUUCUGUAAACAAGAGCGACCACCUUUGCAAACUAAAUUGACUGUCAGACGUGAUAAACAGCAGCGAAAUCGAAUGCCAAUUUGUAUCAAAUACCAAAGUAAAGGUGCUAACAUUUCUGAUUGCGCAUGAAAAGCGAUGUACCAAGGUUCAAAAGAAACAGUGAGGAAGUUCGUGAAGAAAUUUUGAAACAUAACGCGUUGUUGAUAACGCCAAUGGUAUGAUAUUCGAUAUCAUUGGUAAAUCGAAUGCCAUUAUGGAAAUUGAGAAAUACACGAUUAAACCUGUGAAUUACUCGCCAGCCUGUUCAAAUUUUCAAGCAAGAUAAGAUGUUAUGAGAAAAUAGAAGUGUUCACGUCUCGCCGCCAUCCGGCCUAAACUGAAGUCAAUUUUGGUGAAGAAAAUGGCACAUUCAAUGAAGUCCCCACAAAGUUAUUCACAGGAUAAGGUUAAAAACGAUGGUAUCAUCCAGAUGGGAAGUUUGCGAAAGCUGAAGAACAACAAGUUGAAGUAUUUUGUCCUACGGACUAUAUCGAAUUUCGGCAAGGCAAAUCUGGAAUGCUACCGCUGCGAAGAAAAGUUCAGGGAAGAAGAUAGGCCGAGCAGGGUUAUACCAAUGUCGGAUGUUCUCAAUGUUGAUAAAACUCAAGUUCCGGAUCAACAAUUCACUUUUGCUAUUUUCCUCAAAGAUGAAAAAUACAGCCUUAUUGCAGGGUUUGAAGAUGAAAGGGACAAUUGGAUUGAAGCACUGAAGUUUGUCAAAAAACAAAGCCAGCCUACUGUGUUAGCUUCUGAUUUUGUAUGGAGCGUGCGAAUAAGAAAUGGUGGCCUUGCCAAAAAGACUAAACUUGGAGGCGAAUGCAAGCUGCUAAAGAGAGGUAAUCGUGUUUUCAUAUUACAAAAGAACACUGACGAAAUAAAGCUUUCGUUUGCAUUGGAAAACGUUAAAAGCAGUGGAUAUUCACAUAAUUUUGUUCUCUUGGAAAUGGGCAGAAGUCACGUCAUCGGGCCUGGAGAGAUCUGGGUCGAGGCUGAUGACGCGUUAACUGCAGCGGAUAUCCAUACAGUGUUGUUUGGGUGCAAGCUAGUGCGGCCAAGAACCUGUGUUGGUGCAGAUAGAGGAAGGUUGAUGUCUGGCAAAAUGACGAACAGACGAGGGACAAGUGAUGGAAGCGAGAAGACAAAACUUCGAAAAACAAGAACUUUGUUUCCAUUUCUGAAGUCAAAGCUCUGUGAUAUUGUGGGUGACGCCAACCCAGUGCUGAAAUCGAAGCGAUCACACUCCGCAUCCGACAUCAGCCGUAUGGGCGUUAACCAGGAAGGUGAUUACGAGAAGUUAAAACUAUUGCAACAACGCUCAUUACCUCAUGCGGAGUCGGCUGGUGAAAUCAAAGGAGUUUCCAAAGCGAGUAAAAAGAAGAAACGAGCUUCACUUUUUCGAAAUAUGAAAUUUGAAGUCACACAAUCUGCUCAGGACAUACACAAGCCCUCGUCAGAAUCGCGGAAUACGUUGCCGCGGGAUAACCGCGUGUCCUUGCUAAAAUCUAAAUAUGAAAGAAGCAUUUCUAAAUCAGAACAGAAUAUUCAUAAAAUUGCGAGCCAUCCAACUGCAAAUGGCUCUAGUGGUCACAGUAGUCGCCUCGCGAAUCUGAAGAGUCUGCAGAUGAUGCAUGCAAGUUCGACGUCGAAUCUUGCUAGCAGUUCGCCCAGUUUUCGGACAGUGGAAGAUGUCGAAAGCGCGAAAGGGAAGACGAGGCCUGUCACAAUGUCAGACGAUGCCCUUGAAAAUGGACUCAAAUCAAUAUUUCGAAAGACGAAAUGGAGGUCGUUUGAUAAAGAGGCUUCAGAGGAUUCUCCAGCUGUUUCUUCUGAAGAGUGUAGCAGCAUUGGGAGUUUUGGCAGCAAUCGAAGUGUGGACAGCAGUGAUAUUGGUAAUGGGCCUACUGCUUCUGUGGAAGGUGCUGAAGGGUGCGUUACCGAUGAAGGCUAUAUUCCGAUGAAUUUCGGCUGCAAUGAAGAUAAGCCUUAUGCGAGUUUGCAUUCUUCCAAGCACAACAGUGUUUAUAUGCUGAUCCGGCCUGAUCCUGAAGUCCCGGAUUCUCUUGGGGACCUCCCUGACGACCGGGAAACAUACAUGGACAUGACAUCAGUUGGAUCCUUUGAGCUUGAAGCUUGUCAGACUUGUGCUGCGACCGAGGCAAAAAGUGACCAUACAAACGAAGCUGGUUCGCUUGAUGCGAUGAAAGAUACAAGAUCUUCGCAUAAUGAGGACCAAGAAAUGAGACCAGAUGACUCAGUGGUCUUCCGGGAAACAAAGAGGAGUGACCAGAAGCCGGUUCCCCUUCCGCCCAAAACCUUAAGAUACAGCAGUUCUAGCAACGAAGGCAGUGUCUUUGCAUCAGGGAGCUGGGAGGAUGCUUCUACAAGUAAACUUCAGGAUCUUGUUGACAAUCCGAUCCCUUUGCCACCAAGGUCUAGAAGAGAUCAAAGCAGCCACGAGAUAAGCGAUUGUACGCGUUCUAGCUGCGAUUCAUCUUCAGAUAUAGAGAACCCUGUCCCGCUGCCGCCAAAGACGCAGGUGCGGUUGUCAACCCAAAUGUCUGUUAGUGAGGAUGAAAAGCCUCAAAGAACUUCAGUCAGUGGCGACCGACGCUCGACCUCUGUUCGUAACGCUUCCAGUGGGUCCGAGGACUGGGUUCCACCCCUGCCUAAGCCAUAUAGUUCCAGCAAGAAUCGGAGUUCCCUCGGUGAUGAAGAAAAGCUUGUUCGAUCAUCGAACAUGGUCGGUAGACCAUUGCCAUCGCUUCCGAGGGGUGUAGACUCUAGGGGCGUAAAACCCCGUAGCGAAUCAGAUAGGGGGCCUUCCUUGUCACCAACAACAGCGGGACAUGGGAGUGCUUCAAAUGAAAGGAAAGAGAACACCCCGUUAUAUUCUGUUGUUGACAAGAAGCACAAAGUUUUAACUUCACAAAACUCUGUACCGUUACCUCCUAAACUUGAUCGACAGUCGUCACAAAACAGUCCAAAACCAGAAGAUGUUCCUUCGAAGAUAAAAACACAUGGAACCGAGCAUUCUCCCCUAGAGUCUCCUUUAAGCAAUGCUACUUUCUCGCCUACGACUCCAGAGAAAAAAUCUAAGAAUCGGUUUAGAGAUAUUGGUAAAAGAAUGACUGUCAAUUUUCGACAAAACAAGAAAGGCACGUUGUCACCCAAGAAAAGAAUGAGCGAGGCAUCGUCUCACUUUUAUGUGGACACCAGUGCCACUGGUCAUGCGGAGAAAACUUCAGACGUCAAAAAAGGAAUGAAAGCUUCAAACAGUGAGCCACACCCGGUGGAGGAACUUGACGACACUUCAACAAACAAAUCAGUCAAAAAAGAGCCAUUUCCCGUUAGACCAAACUAUUUAGAGCUGAAUAUUGGAGUGGAGAAGAAAUCAGAAGGAGCUCGUUUGUCAAAGGAAAACAUUUAUUCAACGGUUGUCGAGACUGAUAGAAACGAGAAUCACAGAUCUACAGAAUGUUCAACUAUUCUAACAAACACCACCCAACAGUCAAAUAUUAGACACAUACAGCAAGAGCCUACUAGAUUAACGCGCAACUACGAAACAGUCUACACGGAAGUGACCUUGAAGACAAAAACUAGUCCAAGCAUGCCGAUCAAGGGAAUCAAAAGUCUUACUCGUGAUAAAAAGAAGAAGGCAAAGAAUUUUUCAGAAUCUGAGGAGAAGAUUGUUGAAGAGUUUGAUCUCGAAUUAACUGACGUACAGACGGCUCAGGAACCGCAGCGGAGAAUAAGCCAGAAAAUUCUCUCUUCGCCAACUAAAGAUGCGAAAGGGUAUGAAAAUAUAUCAUUACAAGACGGUAUCAUAAGAACACCGUUGGAAGAAGUUGAAGGACGGCCGUAUAUGAACCUAGGAUUUCAUAAAUCAAAGGGAAAAUCGCAGGUUGAAAACAGGAAAUCGGCCGAUGAGGCGGCAAUGAGAUUGCUCAUGAAUCUCAACAGUGAAAAGAAAAUUAGCGAUGAGUUAUCGGUGAGAAGAAAAAGCAAUGCAGAUAUUAAUUCAAGGCAGGGGAGUCUCGAUCUGGAAACUGAGGAAGAGGCCUCGUAUGUGAAUGUAGGACGAGAUAGAAAACUUAUAGAUAAUUCUGGUUGCGUCAUAUCGCCAGGAGUGAGCGAUAAGCUCAGUCGGCAGGCAUUGGAUCAGAUGAAUGAGGAAGAAACGGCCUACCAAAAUAUUCCAGUGUUGUCGUCAAGGCGGCGACAGAGUUCUGCAGAUGGUGACUCGUCAAACAAAGGUGAUAUUGAUAUUCUGUCCCGUCUUCGUUUGAAUACGCCCGCAGAAGAAUUCUCAGAAGGCCUGUACUCAAAUAUCGGUUUCAAAAGCUCUAGCAGCGAUGGAAAUACUUCACCGAACAAGAAGAGAGAACGGCCUUUGCCAAAACCACGACCGAAGAAACCCGAGAGGCGAAAAAUAAGCCAAGUUCCAGCCGAGGAUCGUAAAAUAUCAUCGUCUGUUGGCGAUUCAGGCAGACAGUACGAAGAAGUUGAUAUUUCAAAAAAGAUUGGGUACACUGCAAAUGGAAUUCAGAAUGUUUCGGAUUUUGCUGAUUGUUCAUACGUGAAUGUAGGUAGCUACAAAGACGAUUUCGAUGUAGGAAGAAAUAGUGAGGCCCCAAAACCAAUGGCAAAGUGUCAAAGUUACGAGAAUCUUAUGGACGAGUUCCAUCCGCGUGUAAAUCGAAAAAAAUCGGUUGAAUACGGUCUCGCUUAUGCUGAUGUUCAACUUCGGAAUAACAGAUUGCAGGAUAAUGAAAAACAACAUGAAAGUUCAGAGAGUAGUUUUGUUAAUGCCGGGAAAAAGAACAAAAACAAUGUUCCUCUUGGUAAGUCCAAAUCUGCCUAUACGGAAAUUGAUUUUAUGAAGUCACAGGGGAUAAGCGAAGCUGUACGUGAGAGAAGAGUUGAAAGUUUCGAAAGUGAAAACGAACGUGACUAGGGCUUUCUUUAGAAUUGUGUUGUUAAGAAUCUCUGCAUGUUUCAGAGCUUCACAAUCGAAUUUGCAAGCUUUGUCCAGUCCAUUGCUGGUCCCACUUAGAGCUUAGGCAAACCCCUACUUUUAUUGCCUUGCAACGUUCUUCCCCCUUGUAUUUCAAUCAUCCCUCCGCAUUCAAGGCGAAGCUUUAGCUGUAUGCAAACCCUAAUAAUGCCCCUGCUUACCCCCAAAUUAAGGGGUAUUAAACCCUCUAGAAAAUCCGGUAGCAUGGGCACACUGAUGCUGUCUUAUACAAACGGCCUGCUGGAAAGGCCUUAAUUCACGUUUGUUAUAAUGACAUCUCCAGACGGUUUUUCGGCCAUUAUGACGUCAUUUAUGUAUGAUUGAAAAAGAUGUUCUUCGUGUGCUGGAUCAUACGCUGAACAUUCGCCUUGUUGCUGUGUUUGCCUGUAAUUCCGUAAUGAAGACUCAGACGUAGUAAUUGAUGUUAAGAAUAAGAAGUUGUAGCAUUUAAUGAUUCAGGGUUUCACUUCUUUCCAAUUGCAUGCAAUUGCACCUUCAGUAUAGACUUAAGAGUGAACGCUUCCUAUAGUGUGCUAUCCAAUACCUGUCAGGCUAAAUGGGGGUGUGUUAAUGAAAAUUGUCCCUUUAAGGUUACACAUUGGCCCAUCAACAAUAUAAUUUUUGUUCAAUAUUUUUGACACUCAAGUCAUUUUGAAAUUUCAGAAUUUCGUUGCAGAAAUCGCCUUUUAGAAUCUCUUGCCUCUGCCACUUACUUCCUUUGUCAUAAAACAUCCAAUCAGGUACCAGCCAAAUACCUAACCCGAAUUUCGGCUACCAAAAUCGCCUUUUAAAAAUGUUAACUCUGAAAAUAACGCGCCCAGACGCAUCCUUCCAACAAUCGUGUUCUGCAUUAAAAAGUAAUUAAAGUUAUCUUUUAUCCAUUGCAUGUUCAAGUAAAGUCGUUGAAUCUUUAUAUUUUGGAUGCGGAUUUUCCAUUUAUAAUGCUGCCGUGCAUUUAGCUAUUUCUGGUCACGUCAUAACUUUGUUGGUGACAACCAUCUGCAUUUUUUUACCAAAGACUGCCAUUCAGAAACUAAUGCGUGUGGUCAAUUCGCUUCUGAAAGGAUGAAGGUUUUCAGAAUAGGCUUAUAAUCGGAAAAUGUUGAAAACUAUUUCUUGCCUUGAAUGUCGUAAAAAUAGAGAAUGGAUGUUUAAAAUCUUCGGAUGGUUUAUUGAAAAUUACAUAUUUUCUCAUUGCUCAAAAAUAUUUUAUAUUCAGUCGUCUUAAAUACAAAAUCAAUUUUCUCGGUAGGUUGUCUUUAAUUUUUUACAUUUACAUCUCAUAUUCCCUUGUUCAUUUUAUGAAAUAUUAAAAGUCUGCUUUGAUGACACGAAGCAUUUUUGCAGAGUGUUAUGCUUAUUUGAAAAUUCAUAAUUAUUCUGCAGGUGGUAACUAUUGAAAAAUUCUAGCAAUUUACUAAAUUUCAAACUGUCAUUAAUUUUCAGUUAUUUUACAUGAAGUGGUUUAUUCAAUUCUAGUUUGAUAUUUUGAUUUUAUGAAAUAUUUUGCAUUAAUUCUAGUUCAUAGAUUAUUAUAUAUCAUACAACAUCAAAAUAUAUUGUCUUAAUGUACUGAGUCUGUGUAAGGCCAACGACAAGUUAU